AGCAAAUGGCGUUUCCGGAAACCGUACAAAAAGCUGAAGUAUCAUCGAAUCCACCCAAUGGAAUGGAAAACAGUCAGACAUCUCAAAGGUCAAAUCAUGUUAGCUCGGUUCUGCUCUAUGGAAUACCAAUUGUGUCUUUGUACAUUGAGGGGCAGGAGCGACUCUGCCUUGCGCAAAUCUCAAAUACUCUUCUAAAACAAUUUAGCUACAAUGAAAUACAUAAUAGACGCGUGGCGCUUGGCAUAACCUGCGUGCAAUGUACACCAGUACAAUUGGAGAUUCUGAGAAGAGCAGGUGCCAUGCCGGUAAGUUCUCGGCGAUGCGGAAUGAUAACUAGAAGAGAAGCUGAGCGUCUUUGUAAGAGUUUCUUGGGCGACAACUCACCACCUCGAUUGCCAGACGACUUUGCCUUUAAUGUUCAGCACAAGUGUGCAUGGGGCUGUCGUGGAUCGUUUUUACCAUCUCGGUAUAACUCUUCACGAGCCAAAUGCAUCAAAUGUGCAUUCUGUGGAAUGUUCUUCUCGCCGAAUAAAUUCAUUUUCCAUUCACAUCGCAUCACAACAAACGACAGGUACGUUCAGCCCGAUGCUGCCAACUUUAAUUCCUGGCGACGGCAUAUGACACUUUGUGGAAGCUCACACGAUGAAAAAAUUAUCUACGCAUGGGAAGAUGUCAAGGCAAUGUUUAAUGGUGGCACCAGGAAAAGACUCGUUAGUGGCAAUAGUAAUGUAAGUCGCAAUCGAAAUCAAAGCUCACCAACGUCAUCGUCAGCUGCUGCACUAGUCGGAGGAAGUUUGUGUGGCUCACCAACUGACUGUGAGUUACUAGAUGCUAAAAACACGGCAUGUAAGGAGCAGUCCCCAUUAUCCAAGCGCUCCGUGGACCACCAAUACAAUUACAGUACCGUGACUGCAGCCGCCGCUGUGGUCGGAGUUACGGCUGUAGCAGCUGCUACGGUUGGAGUACCUUUUAAUUUACAUCACUCUUCGGUCCUUUCACCUCUUCACUCGCUUCGCAACGACCACGAUAUUUCGAUAAUGCCCCUUUCCAGAAAUUUUGUUGUGGACUAUAUGUGGCAGCAACAGGAUGCAAAUCAUCAGCAACAGCAUUCGAAAAAUUCGAAAAUCUGUAGCACAGACCCGAGUGAAUCGGUCCUAGACUUCGAAUCACGUCAAAUGCCAUGGGCUAGGCCAGAAACGAGUAUGCCUUCAACGACAGCCAGUGCCGUUCGCUUGGGGGAGCGAGAGCGUCUUCAAUUUAAUGUAAAAAACGAAUCGUCGUCUACUUCUAUAUGUGGCAUUAUCAAAAAAUCUUGCUCUGCAUUUAAACCAGUUGUCGCUUCAGCAGCAAUUGUAUCCACAUCAUUAUACACUAGGUCUAGCGAAUCAAAUAGCAACGUUUACAUUACCCCAACUCAAACGGCCCGAACAACAACUGUUCUAACGCAUAACAGUAUUACAACUGCCUCGCAUCGCUUACCAACAGCGGAAGAGUUUUCACCAAUAUUAGACACUAUUCAAUCCAGUAUAGAAAGUGAGCGAAUCAAUUUUUCGACUUCAGUAUCGACGCACAACAAGAACAGUUCAAAUAAAUCAAUAUCAUCAGAAUCUGCUUACGGAAUAGGAAAAAACUUAUAUGAUGACGACGACGACGACGAGGUUGUGGAUAUCGAAACAACGGAAGACGAAGUUGUUAAUGAGCCCCCCAAACAGUGUGCACAUUCACCAGUUGAUGUAUCAUCUGAAAGUGAAAGUUCAGCUCAUUCUCAGACUGCCAGUACAAAUGUUGAUGUAGAUGCUGAUGCUGAUGUGGAUGUGGAUGGUAUUACAACGGAUGCCGAGGAUCAACUUGAGUUUAAAUCAAAUGCUUGCUUGCUCGACAACACAAACCUCUCUAAAUCAAACCAAAUUGGAAAAAUAAAAGUGGGUCUCACUGCAGAACCAGAAAUGUGCAAGGACGGCUAUAAAUGUAAUGAGGAUACGAAAGGAUUCAAUGGUCAUUUAAGAAUUUUUACUCGAGGGAAGAGCUAUAAGCAACAGCCGGAUCGAAAUGUUUCAAAAAAGGCAACCACUACAUUUUCGAAAAAGAAAUUUUACUCGAAGUCACUGGCUAUUAAAUCUGCUCAACCACAAGUACAGCACAGAGUUUCCUUCCCAGUAUUCUUUAAGUCGCAAGUAAACCCUUUCAAUGAGCAUCAUCCACUACCAACAACGUUAAGCCCCAACUCCCUUUCGGACUCAUCGAAUUGGAGCUAUCCAAUUGGUAACAUUCGGCAACUAUAUUGUUAUGAAAGAAGCGCAACAGCCAAUGAAAAUUGUAUUGAUUUUAAGUAAGCGCAACAAAAUAAA